AUGCUGGACGAGCCUACUAAUCACUUAGACCUGGACGCCGUGGUGUGGCUUGACCAUUAUUUGUCCGAGUACAAGAAGACGCUCCUUAUCGUAUCUCACGACGCUGACUUCCUUGACGCCGUUUGCACAGACAUAGUGCAUCUGGAGGACAGGAAGCUGCAUCAGUAUCGAGGCGGCUACAGCAGCUUCACCAGGGCACACGCGCAGCGCAUGAAGGAGCUCGAGGCGGCCUACAAGAAGCAGCAGGAGGAGAAGGCAAAGGCGGCGGCGAAGAAGAAGCCCGCCAAGGCCACGGAGGAGGUGCUGACGAAGCCGAAGGACUACAUUGUAAAGUUCAACUUCCUCCCCCCGCGGGACGACGACGAGAUGGUGGGGAUCAGCGUCCAUGACGCCGCAUUCAGCUACACAGGCAAGAAGCCCUGGUUGCUCGAGAAGCUCAACUUCCGCGUGGACACCGCCUCCCGGAUAGCCAUCGCCGGCCCGAACGGCGCCGGCAAGUCUACCCUGCUCUCCUUGCUGGCCAAGGUGAUCGAGCCGUGCGAGGGAGAUGUGGACCAUUCGCGGAGGAUCGUGGUGGGGCGCUACUCCCAGCACUUCGACGAGAUCGCCCCCUACCUGCACAUGAGCGCAGUGGAGUUCCUCACGAGCCCAGAGCUGCGCCGAUUCGGGGCCGGCACCAGCAGCUCCGAGCUCGCCCACAAGUGCCUCGGCCAGUUCGGGCUGCCCUCCCACGGCCACACGCGCCCCAUGAGAGAGCUGUCUGGGGGGCAGAAGGCUAGGGUCUGCUUUGCCAGCAUCACGUGCCGAGCCCCGCACGUGCUGAUACUAGACGAGCCGACCAACCACCUGGAUAUCGAGUCCGUUGACGCCCUCAUCGCCGCGCUGCAGAAGUACAAGGGUGGUCUGUUGCUCGUCUCGCAUGAUGCGCGCCUGAUCCAGGCGGCCGAGUGCCAGCUGUGGGUAUGCCGAGGCGCCGGGCAGGCCCUGGAGAAGCCGCCAAGCUUCGCGCACUACCGCAAGGAGGUGCUCCGCGAGCUCGAGCGGCGCCAGGCGGCGGCGGAGGCGGUCGCCAAGAGGCGGGCCGAGGAGCGCAGGAAGAGGCGGCUGGGGCUCGUGGCGGCGAAGGGCCGCCGGGGCGGCUAG